GGCGGCGCCGGCGGCAGCUGCCAAAGGGGAAGUGAGCAGUGGCCGGAGCGAUGGCCCGGGUCUGGAGCCCGCGGCCGCCGCCGCCACCAGCUCGUCGGGAGCGGCCAGAGCCGGAGUAGGGCCCGGAAUCGCAGCUGCAGUGGAAGCUGCGUAUGUGAGUUGCCGAAGUCGCCCUUCCAGACACCUCAAACUCAGAGGGAACGCUUGAGGAGGGCAGAGUGGCAAUCGCCCCUUCAGCAACCGCCCCCCCCCAGGCCCGGACUGCAGGGCUGGGGUCUCCCAGGAGCGGGACCGGCUCGUCUCAGGCCGAGACCUCCGAGCCGAGCUCCUUCAAACUCAGGACGGAAGCCAGAGAACGGUGAUCAUCCCUAACCCCAACUGGCUUCCUAGCCCGGGCAUUUUCUCCACGCCGGCAGUGUCCGGGUUGUAGCGGCUAGGCGACACACACCGCUGCCACCUCUGUCUUACUCUUCAUUGCUCUCCCUUCUCCCAUUCAAGAAUAAGUUUCUUUUUUGUUGUUGUUGAAAAUCCUGUCCCAGAGGUCCAAAGUACGUAUCCUGUGCGCUCCCUAGCUUCUAGAUCACUGUUGAAAAUAUUGUUGAACUUAACAAAGCUCCGAACCUUUCGUUCCUCGCUUAGCUUUUUUGUGCUCUUUUACCCUUUCUACACUCUUAGCUGACACUCCAUGCCCAGGGCUUUAUCCGUUUCAAUCGCCAACUCCUUGGCGAUCUCUAUGUGACUUCCCCCACUCAUCUGAGCUCCAGUUUCCUCUGGGCUCCCGUCUCCAGCUCCCAGCGGAUCUGGUCAGUCCCACCCGCGGGUGGGAGUGGCCGCGGGGGCUCUGGCCCAGGAUUUCCCACCCUGGAAGGCAGCUCCAAGGCAGCAAGAGAACUGGGCGUCGGGUACGAACCUGGCAGCUCAGGAGUGGGCGCUCCACUAACGCCACACAAGAAGAUGAAAAAGCGAAAAGAGCUCAAUGCCUUGAUCGGUUUGGGUGGAGACAGCCGGAGAAAGAAGCCCAAGAAAAACUCCAGCAGCCACCGCCUGCUUCGAACUGAGCCUCCUGACUCAGACUCCGAGUCCAGCUCAGAGGAGGAAGAGGAAUUUGAUGGAGUUGGAAAUCGCUCACGUUUUGUCAAGGGAGACUAUUUACGAUGCUGCAAGAUCUGUUAUCCCCUCUGUGCUUUUGUCAUCCUUGCGGCCUGUGUUGUGGCCUGUGUUGGCUUGGUGUGGAUGCAAAUUGCUCUCAAGGAGGAUCUGGAUGCCCUCAAGGAAAAAUUUAGAACAAUGGAAUCUAACCAGAAAAGCUCAUUCCAGGAAAUCCCCAAACUUAAUGAAGAACUUCUCAGCAAACAAAAACAACUUGAGAAGAUAGAAUCUGGAGACCUGGGCUUAAACAAACUCUGGAUUAACAUCACAGAAAUGAAUAAGCAGAUUUUUCAGUUGACUUCUGCAGUAAACCACCUCAAAGCCAAUGUCAAGUCAGCUGCAGACCUAAUUAGCCUGCCCAAUACCGUUGAGGGACUUCAGAAGAGUGUGGCUUCCAUUGGUAAUACUCUGAACAGCGUGCAUCUUGCUGUGGAGACAAUACAGAAAACUGUAGACGAACACAAAAAAACCAUGGAAUUACUGCAGAGUGAUAUGAAUCAGCACUUCUCGAAGGAGACCAACAGAAGCAACCAGAUCAUUCCAACACCUUCAGCUACAUCAGAACUUGACAAUAAAACCCACAGUGAGAAUUUGAAACAGGAUAUCCUGUACCUUCAUAACUCUGUAGAAGAAGUAAAUAGUGCCCUAAUGGUGUACCAGAGACAGAAUGAUCUUAAGGUCAAGGGAAUGAAUGAAACACUCAGUAAUGUUACCAAAAGAGUCAACCUGAUAGAAAGUGAUAUGGUUGCUCUGACCAAGAUAGAAAAGAGAGCAAACCUGACCUCCAGCAUGAUGGGCAAUAGGGCUGCUACUCUGAAACGAGAAUCUUUGGAUCAAGUAACCAACAGAACUGAUACCAUAAAAACCCAAAUCAUAAAGAAAGAAGAUAGUUCAAAUUCUCAGGUAUCCAAGCUACGAGAGAAGCUGCAGCUGAUCAGUGCUCUCACAAACAAACCCGAGAGCAACAGGCCUCCCGAGACUGCAGACGAAGGGCAAGUUCAGAGUUUCACAUCAAAGCCAUCAUCAUUGCCAAAAUUUUCACAAUUUCUUGGAGACCAAAUUGAGAAAGCUGCCCAACUAAGACCUAUCUCCCUACCAGGAAUUUCUAGCAUUGAAGAUCUUCAGGACUUAUUCCACAAGACUGGCCAGGAUGUGGACGGGAAGCUGACCUACGAGGAAAUCCGGAACUCCCUAGGUUCUGCCAUACCAGAACCAAAGAAUUUGAGAGCAUUUGAUUCCAAUGGAGAUGGAAGAUACUCGUUCCUAGAGCUAAGAGUAGCUUUAGGUGUCUAAAUGUAUCAGGCAUAUUUUAGAAAUAGAUGUACACUCUGGACAACCUAGAAUCUACUUGUCUAACAAAAACAACUUUUACUUACCCGUCAGCCCUCCAGUCCUCCAAACUACUGUAGCAGACACAUUGCCACCUUUUAACUUGUUUGAAAAAGGUAUAUAAAGUUAUUUUUU